UUACAACAAAACAGAAGAUCUUGUGCCAGGCAGCCCAGAAAUACAGUCCUAUACACACCUGAUGAUUGGAACCCCAACCACAGAUACCUCAGCAUUAGCAUUCUAUGCGAGCACCCAUACAGUUCUGGCGAAAAUAUCAGCUUUUGACAGAAUGAAGCUAGCAAAGUCGUUCCCAUUUGUCCAGUUAGAAUUCUCAGACAAAAUUCAUAUCUUGAAGAGGCUUACAUAG